AUGCAUUUAAAUAAUCUUCGUGAUGGAGAAUACCUCGUAUCAAAUAUGCUGACAUUAACUGAGACAACUCAAAAAACAGCGUGUUCUGAACGUACAACUGGCAGGUCCAGGGGAAGUGUAACCUCGUUUAGUUAUUUUGAAUUCGGUACGGCGCUGGUGUUUUUAUGGGUGUUACUGUACAUUAUCAUGGUACUGUAUCGAAAAAUAUCAGACACUCUGUCCUAUUUGAUAUUUGGGUACCAAGCACCUUGCCAUCGGGUACCGUUACAUCAUAGGCAUGGGCAAUUCGCUAGAUGUAAGCGACGCAAGUUUUCUACUAAUCUACUCGGUGAUGCACCUACAGACGAGUUGCAUGCCAGCAACACAUCUACUCUUCAAAACGUAUCUGAAGGAUGUGUGGUUCCUCGUGCUCUGUCACACAGUCACUCCUCCCCCCAUGCAAGAAAACUGCCGAGAGAACACAAAUCGGUGCAAGCACAAAGAGAGGUAGAAUGGCCACUACCACAUGUUUACGAGACCGUUUGCGAACCAAGUGAUUUAAACGUACUUUCAUACGAACCGGCUGCUUGCAAUCAACUGCAAUAUGCCGAAACCGAGGAUGCAUCACUGGAACAAAAAAUUUUUGGUACUAUUUCAUCGAAUAGUUCUUCAAAAGAUGACUGA